GAACAUUUCUCCAGCCCUUCUCUGAGCUCCGGGUUUGGGGCAUGAUGACUUCUGCAAGUUUGGGUGAGUGGCAGAUUGAAAGAAGAAAAGGAGAGGACAUGUUCUCUCUCGAUUUUCUGUUUUCUGGGAUUUUUUUUCUGUUUUUUUUCUGUCUCUAAGGAAGAACAGUAAAGCAAUAGUCUUAAAAGCCAGCUCUGACCUCAUAGCAUCCUCAUUCUCUCCCCCUCUUUCUUUCUCUUUUUAAUAUCUCUUGUUUGGAUGAAAUAUCAUAAACUUAUCCUUAAGCCUGAAUCUGGAGGCUCUGAACUGCUUUACCUUUACACAUCUUUAUAGUGCUCUGACAACCUAAAUAGAUGUUAGGUUCAGCUGUUCCCAUGCACAAGCCAGCAUCUGUAAUUCUCAUCAGCGGUGCUGAGCACUUCUGAAAAUCAAGUUAUCCCUUUCAGAUGCCAAGACAAAGGUCUUGCAGUCUCCACUUAGGCACCUAACUCUGAUAAAUGCUGCCCUGUAUACUGAAAAACCAUUAAUUUAACAAAUAAUUUCUGCCUAUUAUUGGAUGAUGCAGAGGGUGCUGUGAACCAGACUCUUCUUCAUUGCUUUACGGUAAUGUACAGGCAAAUAUAGACCCUUGGAAGAUGGAUUUGCUGGCAGGGAAGCUCAGUGCAGCAGAUGUCUGUGAAGCUUCGAAGAGCAGGGCUGAGGGAUGGAGAUGCUGCGUCCCAGAGGCAGAAGCACUUGUGUGGGAUAAUGAUGUAUCAGCUCACACCCAGACUGUUGCCAAGGCCAGAUAUGAAUUUUUAUUUGGCUUGGAAGAAGAGAAGCAUUCAGAAAUGGGUAGUGGCCAUGCAAGCAGCACUUUGGUCCCUCAUACCAUCAUCAAUGAAUUUCCAGAGUACGGCACCGUAGAGCCAAGUGGAGACGCGCCGAGGGCUUCAUCGCCGUGCCAGGCAGAGCCUGUGACACACAGUCCAGAAAGACGGGUCAGUCACCACCAGGUACCUGGCAGGUCCCUUCCUCAGUGUGCGGCUCCUGCAGACAAUUUGAGACCUGAUGCUGGGGCAGCGCAGCUGCACACCCCAGAAGAAGGUUUGCAACCUGCCAGUAACCUGCCAGAGAUUAUGAAAAUCUCUCGACGGCUGGAAACAACAAAGGUGCAAGAGAGAGCAAAUACUUCUCUUGACUCAGAGACUCAAAUGGAAAAAAAGAGUGUUACUGGCAGCCAAAAUGUGCAGGCAGCCAGAGAACCAGUUCCAGCAGGCCAAGAAAAACCCUCAGACAUGCCUCUUCCAUCUGAACGAACAGCUGAGGAAAAAAUGCAUUUGAUCGUAGAGAAAGAUCUGGCUGCAAUAUGGACUGGAGAAAAGCAGUCCGAGUCCUUGCAAGCCAUCAGUAAUAAAGCCGAGGAGGUCCAUGCAGUGCAGGAGACAAGCUGUCAUAGACCAUCUGUGACAAACCUGGAAGCAGCCAGCAGAGUGGAGGGGUGGGCGCAUUUUGAGGAGUUUUCAGCGUACAGUCAAGGCAAAAUGCAAAUGGGUCCUGAGAGAAGGCUCUCUAAAGAGGCAGCUGUGAGCAAACACGUAGAAUUUCAAGGGGUGGAGAUUUUAUGGCUGCAAAAAGCCGAGGAGCAGAGAAGAAAGAAGCACUCGCUGCUGGAGACUGUGUCCGUGGAGAGGAAGGCGUCCCCCAAAACGUCCAGCCACCCUGUGCCACUGACAGUCUCCCCAGGCUUGGUCUCCUCACAGGACAGCGCUUGGAGCGAGGUCUGUGAGGACCUGAGGCUGGGACCCGCUGCCUCUGGAGCCACUCCUCUGGUGCUGCUCGAUGAAAGCGGGGAGGAUGAAGUUUUUGUGAAGGACAAGAAGAGCCGCAGUGAGGAGGAGAUGGCUGUGCUAGCGACAGGCCAGGGCAGGAUGAUGGAGGAGGGGGACACAGCCAUGGGAGGAUAUGAAGAUGUCCUUGGGCAGAGGCACUCUGACGUCUCCACUGAUCUGUACAGCUCACAGUUUGAAAACAUCCUAGACAAUGCAUCUUUAUACUACAGCGUGGAGUCACUGGAGACAUUGUACUCGGAGCCCGAUAGCUACUUCAGCUUUGAGAUGCCACUCACUCCCAUGAUCCAGCAGCGCAUGAAGGAGGGCGGCCAGUUUUUAGAUCGGACAUCAGCCUCGGGGCAGCCAGAUGUCCUGCAGCUUCCCCCUGACGGGGCGAUGAAGGGCUGCUGUGAAGGCAUCGCCAAUGGCUUAAGGGAUGCAAGAGAAACACUCUUCAGAGGAGAUGUCACGGAAGUCCCUCGUUUGGAAAGCAAUGCUGAACUGCAGAAUAUGGUGUUAGACUCUGUUGCUGCCAUGGGGAGCAAUGAACUUCAGGAGAAAGAUGCCACUGGAGCCCUUGGCCAUGAUCUCAGCAAUGGCAGCAGCAGCAAUUUGGAAGCAGCCAGGCGCCUGGCUAAGCGCCUCUACCAUCUGGACAGAUUCAAACGCUCUGAUGUGGCAAAACAUUUGGGUAAAAACAACGAAUUCAGCAAGCUUGUGGCCGAAGAAUACCUUAAAUUUUUUGACUUCACAGGCAUGACGCUGGACUACUCGCUCAGGAGUUUCUUUAAAGCUUUUUCACUUAUCGGAGAAACUCAGGAACGAGAGAGAGUUUUAAUCCACUUCUCCAGCAGAUACUACCAGUGCAACCCAAACACCAUUUCUUCUCAAGAUGGAGUUCACUGUCUCACGUGUGCCAUGAUGCUGCUGAACACAGACCUGCAUGGCCAUAACAUUGGGAAAAAGAUGACCUGCCAAGAGUUCAUUGCUAACCUCCAGGGGAUGAACGAUGGCAAAGACUUCCCGAAAGGGCUGUUGAAGGCUCUCUACAAUUCAAUCAAGAAUGAGAAGCUGGAAUGGGCUGUGGAUGAAGAAGAGAAAAAAAAGUCUCACUCAGAUGGUACAGAUGAAAAGGAUAAUGGGAGCCAGACAAAGGCUGUCAGUCGAAUUGGCAACUCAAAUAACCCAUUCCUGGACAUCCCUCAUGACCCUAAUGCUUCUGUGUAUAAAACUGGAUUUCUGGCUCGGAAAAUCCAUGCGGAUAUGGAUGGAAAGAAAACUCCCCGGGGAAAGCGAGGCUGGAAAACCUUUUAUGCUGUGCUGAAGGGAACAGUCCUGUACUUACAGAAGGAUGAAUACAAGCCAGAAAAGGCUUUGUCGGAGGAAGAUCUGAAGAAUGCCGUUAGUGUGCAUCAUGCGCUGGCAUCCAAGGCAACAGACUAUGAGAAGAAACCCAAUGUCCUCAAGCUUAAAACAGCAGAUUGGAGGGUCCUGCUUUUCCAAGCCCAGAGCCAAGAAGAAAUGCAGACUUGGAUCAAUAAGAUUAACUGUGUGGCUGCUGUCUUCUCUGCACCGCCAUUUCCAGCGGCAAUUGGCUCUCAGAAGAAGUUCAGUCGCCCGCUCCUGCCAGCCACCACAACGAAGCUAUCUCAGGAUGAACAGCUGAAGUCCCAUGAAGCUAAGUUGAAGCAGAUCUCCACUGAGCUUGCCGAGCAUCGCUCCUAUCCUCCUGACAAGAAGCUCAAAGGCAAGGAAGUAGAUGAUUACAAACUGAAAGACCACUAUCUGGAGUUUGAGAAAAAUCGCUAUGAGAUUUACGUUGGCCUCCUGAAAGAAGGGGUGAAGGAGCUGCUGAGUGGAGGAGAGAAUGAUGCGCCAGGACUGAAGAAAUCCCACUCGAGUCCCUCAUUGAAUCAGGAGUCUCCAGUUAGUGCCAAGGUGAAACGCAAUGUCUCGGAGAGGAAGGACUACAGGCCAGAAACACCCAGCAUUAAGCAGAAGGUCACUUAGGGUGGAAAUGACAGCUAGGGGAACAGCCAUGCAGCAAAGUACCGGUGGUCAAAAUUUUUUCAUUUAAUAACCUGUCAUUCACAAAAAAUAAGUGCAUCUGCCUGAAUGGGGUGUUAGUGACAUUUUCUAUUGUAUAUUUUGCUGUUUCUGUGCAGAUUGUGGGAGAUGUCUUUGCUCCUGCUUUGCUUUGCUUUGUUAAUUUAUCAUUUAGCAAUUGAAGCAUCGGGACUUUUUUGUGUUGUUCUGUUUCUGAAGGAGCUGGGGGAGGGGUAGAGCGCUGUGACAUAUUUACUGUCUCUUCCCCAUUUAUCUCCUCCCAUCGGCACGUGGCUUUCAUCUCUCAAGUCACUUGUCACUUUAUUUAUGUGGUGGGUGGGAAAAGUAACUGGACAAAUGCUGCAGUGCUGAGAAUGCAAGCUGUAGCUGUGAGAAAAGCUGUGCAAACAGGCAGCUGCAGAAGGCUGGUUAGAGCCUAGGGUGCUGGGAACACUGGUUUCCUGACAAUGCAGAGCAUGUUGGUACUGGUACUUAGCAGCAGGUGCUAUAGUAAAUAGUCACUGUUGCUUAUUGUUAUUGCAUUGACUCUGGACCCACGAGUGCAAAGGAAUGAAACCUGGAAACCGCUGGCAAUGCUGGGGUGACAGCAUUGGAAUAAUUUGUUUGCUUCCUUCCAAGCAAAGAGUAUUCUCCUGAGUUAGCAGGCUGGGGAGUAUCCAAACCCAUGCUGUCUCUGCGGUCAGGGAGAUUAGGCAUUACCCAGUUGGAAUGACUACCUGGGCUUUAAAUUUAUUUGUGGAGGAGGCUGCUGUAGAUGUCAGCCAUUAGCAUUGUAAUUUAAAGACAAAGGGCCUCUGUGUAGUUUUUAACUAUACGCUCUCACUUAGCUGCUAUGUAGAGCCUUAUGAUGUAUCGUGCCCUGAUACUCCCCCUUCCAGGAGUUUCCUUGUUGGUGUGCACAGAUAGGUGUUUGCAAUUUCUCUGCUAGUGACAAAGCACUUUGCCUUUUCUCUUCAGGAAGAGAUUCUUCUCAGCUCUCCGUUUUCCUGCUUUAGCUCACAUAUAGGUGGAAGAAGCUGAUGCAGACUGGAGAAGGGGACAGACGUGUCCUCACUGUGGGCCAGGGUUUGAUGCUGUCCUGGUUACUCCAUGCCUGGAGGCCAGCACAGGGCUGCCUCAGCUGUGGCAGAUCCUACCCUCCACCCACAGGGAACCAGCCUGCCUUGCAGCUCCUGCGUACCCUGUGCCAGGCUUUCAGAGUGGAGCGCAGGACAGGGACAGACCACCAUGAGUAGAGCUUUCCGUACCUGAAAGCCCCCUGUUUGUGCCACAGACCCUCAGGGUGGCCAGCAGUCUUCAGGCACAGGGAGUAGAAAGAUGAUGUAGAAAUAAUUUUCUUGCUUCCUAGCCCCUCUUGCCUGGGCAGCAUCAUGGCUCUGCAGAGAUUGCUGGCUCACCUGUUACUUAACACCCUGGGUUUUAAUCUCAGGUUUGAUUAUGGCCUGCUGGGUGAGCUCGGACUGGUCUGUCCCGUUUUGCCUCACCCUUCCCCUAUGCGGAGGACAACCAAACUAGCCUUUCCUGCAGAGCACCUUGGGAGAGAAUGUUAAAGGCCAGUUGAAAAUUGUUUGUUGCUGUUAUUUUUGUUGUGCCUGGCACAGGGCAGCCUUCCUGGUGGAUGUGAUUCUUAACGCAUAAAGAAAUGUCAAGAUCAAUGCAAGGGCUGUUUAGAAAUGCGCUGGUGUUUCUAGCCCAAAUAGUCGAAGGGCCACACAUCAAAAAAAUUACGACCUGAGUGGAUUUGUGUUCUGCCAGACUUCCCAAAGGGUCCAAGUCAAUUAAUCUAACUUAUUGAACUGCCAGUUUAGUGGGCAGGUCAGGGAGUGAUCUAAGAGAGAAGGAUGUUAACAGGCGCUGCAUGACUUGCCUCCCCCACUGAGGACCACAAUGCAACAGCUUUGCCGGUGUUGUGCUCACCAUUGGCUGUAACGAAGAUGUUGCACUCUCAGAUGCCGGGAGGUAUUAGAGCAAAUUGAUCCUUGCAGCUGCAGCCCAGCAGCAAAACCAGAUGGGACUGUUUCCAUGUGUGAUAUUGGGACAUGCACACGUCUGGCACCUGCCACUGAGAGUGACCACUCCAUGCUAGAAGCCAGGAGGUUGGCCCCUACCCCUGGGAACGUCAGUAAAAACUGCAGAGUCCUGAAUAGAAACUGUCAGUGCUUCCCAAGUGCUGGGGCUUUAGAAGUUGUGCAUGCUUACUACAAUGGAGCAAACGUUCAGUCCUCUUCUUGAAGAAGCGUGAUGCCUUCUUCUGCUGGAGCCAAAGUGAUGUGGUGCAGCAUAGUGGGUUAGGAGACUCAGUGUAGACAAGUGCAUAAUAGUGCUCAUUGGGAGAGAUUGUUUGAAUUAAUCAAGCGUGGUACAUCAACAGCUCAUGGAGGGGAAACAAAGCCAGGAGAUACCUGCAGCUGUUCAUUGUGCUCUGGUGGUUUAAAACAAACAAGCAGAAGAGAGAGUAGAAGAAAUUCAUUCGGGGAAUGCUGAAUGCACAUUUGAGAAGAAAACUUGCGCUGGUUUAGAUAAUGGUGUUAGGAAGCAUGCAGCAGAAACAAAAAAAAUGUGCAGAUUUGUAAAUGGGCCCUGCUUGACUGUCAAGGCGGGGUUGUCUAGGUGAGCUUUUUGAAGGCAGGCUGGAACAUGUCCAGCAAACCUCUUGUGAUUAUGGAGUGCAGUGCUUUAAAAGGCAAAGAGAUGGCAUUUAACUUUUUUUCCCUGGCUUUUAAAAUAUUCUGGUUGCUGUAGACUGCAGUUAAAUUCCUGAGCUCAAAAUGAAAUUAUUCCUGUAAAAUGCAUUUCCCAGCUUUGACACAGAAACUGGAUAAUUCCUCUUCAAAGUCAUUGCAGAGGAGAUGAUUUCAAGCAAUACGAAAAGUCAAAAAGUGAACUGCAGAAAUGAUAAUUUUUUUUUCAUUAUUUAUUCUCUAUUUAAACGGUUUAGGGUAUAUUUUUUAAGUCUCAUCUGGGCUUAGCAAACAGUUUUUCACUGCGUUUUUUUAGUCAUUAAACAUUUGUUGAGCUUGGAGCACUCUUAGUCAGAGUCAGACUGCUGAGGCGCGCAGAUUAGUUUACUGAGAAUUUGUCAGGUUCUGCUCAAGUUUUAAUUAACACCGUUUUGCUCCAUUGCUUUAUAAAUUCUAGGCAUCCCAGGCACCCAUGUGAAAAUGCACAUUUCGGAGGCCAAGAGAGAAAGGUGAUCCUGUUGUGAAUGACUAAGGCUCUUGGACUCCCUUGGGAAUAGGAUCAUCUGCU